AUGCCACACGACAGCACGCUGCAGCGCUUCGUCGCCGCCCUCAGCGCCGUCUACGGCCCGCUCGACGACCUCGCCGCCGCCGACGCCCCGACAUGGAACCCGCCGACCAACCCCGGCGCAGGCGGCCACCGCGGACGGUACCUCUGGACCGACGCCUUCGGGCUCCUCGACCUGCUGACGCUGCAUCGCGAGACGUCCUCGCCGCUGUACAUCGCGCUCGCGCGGCGCCUCGCGGAUGUGGUGCACGAGACGCUCGGCCGCGAGCGCGAGUACCACGCCCACGGCGGUGACAGCAACGACAACGAUGAUGGUGAGGGCGGAGAAGGUGCGCGUGUGCCAGCUCGCCUCCCCGGCGCGACCGACGCGGAGCCCCUGCGCGGCGGCCUGCGCAUCGGCAAGCUCGACGCCUCGGGCCCGGACGCCGACGGCCAGUACCACCACUACCUGACGCUGUGGAUGUUUGCGCUCAACCGCCUCUCGCUGGCGGCCGGGGAGCCGCGCUGGAACGACUUGGCGGUGCAGCUGGCGAAGGCCGUGCACCCGCACUUUGUGCUGCGUAUGCCCUCUGCACUGUUCUCGUCGUCUGAGCGGCUGCGGCGACAUCAUCAGCACAACGGCGAUGACGGCGACGAGGGGGAGGAGCGGGGGGAGGAAGACGAGGGACGCCUCAAAAUGGUGUGGAAGAUCUCGACGGAUAUGCGUCGCGUGCUCGUCUCCUCCGAGGGCCACCUCGACGCCGCGACAGGGCUGGUCAUCUACGCGCUGCUCCAGCGGACAGCCGCACAACAGGGCCGCGGCGAAGGCCUCCUCGCGCGCGAAGUCGCCGAGUACGCGGGCCUGACGAGGCGAUCAGACCUCGCACCGAGCGGGGACCCGCUCGAUCUAGGCAUGGGCCUGUGGGUGUGCCAGUUCGACGGCGCGGCGACACCAGCCGGUGGUGGCGGCAUCGGUCAAGGUACUGGUACAAGUGGUGGUAGUGAUAGUGAUGAUGGUGGUUGGGCACAGCGCUUCAUCGCCGACGCCCUCAGGCUGGCGCGCGUGCUCCUGGGCCCAGACUCGCAGCUCAUGCGGCGGUCUCCCUCGCGGAGACUCGCCUUCCGCGAGUUCGGCGCCUGUCUCGGCGUGAGGUGCGUCGAUGCAGCUGCCGCGGACGAGACGCUCCAGGAGAGAGUGCGCGCCGUGCUGGACUUUUGGGAGCGGCACCAGGGAGGGGAAGACGACGACCUGAGGCCCAUCUCCAAAGUCAUGUACGCGGCGGCCCUCAUACCGGGCGCUUUCCGUAAGGGGUUCUUGGGCGAAGAGACGCCUUGA